GCGAUGCUGAGCACAACUCUAAACAGUUUUCCUGAGCUCCUGCUCAGCAGGGUGAAAAGAUUUAUUUGUGCAAGGGUCACAUUCAACAAUCAAAUGCGUCUUUACACCAGCAAUGCAAAGAAACCUUGUGACAAAAUUGUUCUUAAACCAGAAGGGACAGAUCCAGUUCAUAGGACUCCUGGCUAUAAACCCUCCAGAUUUGAUAAAAAAAUACUUCUGUGGUCUGGCCGUUUCAAAACUGAAGAUGAUAUACCUGCCAUUGUAUCGUUUGAAAUGCUGGCAACGGCCAGAAACAAAGCCCGUGUCAAGAUCUGCUACAUCAUGAUUGGAAUGACUGUCGUUGCCUGCUUUGUGAUGAUUGCUUCCGGGAAACGGGCUGCAGAACGCCAUGAAACUCUCACCAGCUGGAAUCUUGCCAAAAAAGCCAAAUGGAAGGAAGAAGCCAAGCAUGAGCAGCAACAGCUCAUAAACACAGCUGCUUCCAAGAACCAGUAACUGCAUGUUGUAGCACUGGGGUGACAGGCAGCCAUAUAAAAACACAAUUACUUUUAUGACACCACAGGUCUGUCACUCUGGGCCUGGAGAGCCAUAGUGUCUUCCGCUUUUUAUCGCAGCUGAGCUUUAACUCACUGAAUUAAAUCAUUCUGUUGCCUUAUUAGAAGACAUUAAACUUUACAGAUCUCUGCUGCUACCUAUAAAUCCUACAGCAUUAUGGUUUUCCAGAACCAGAGUUGCACACUCCUCUAUUAUGCAUAUAAGUAGGCUAUGUACUAGAAGCACAGUUCCCAGGAUCACACCAUAUAUACACUGUAUACACAUACACACUUGCAUUUUCAAAUGAAAUACUUCCUUUGAACUGUAAUUUGGUAUUUUGAAUAAAAUCUUAGACUACUUUUAGGAAAGAAAAUUUACUUAUAUUUUUGCAUUCACUGCUUUGGAAAUGGACAAAAAAUGUCUUACAUAGCACAACAACUGACAAUGUACAAAAAAAAAACUGGUGCUAUAACUGAAUGGUGAAGGUAAUCACAGAAACUACAAAAGUUAGCAUAGAUUCCUUGGCAAUUUGACCUCCCAUCUACACAAAACUGGCAAGGACAGGGGGGAAGAAGUAGCCGAGUACACUGUACACACUCUCUUGCUACAGUUAAGAACGACAUACACUAUUCAAUUGAAUUAAGAUUCCUGAGCAAAUGGCAAGCUUCUGUGAAAUUAUUGAUUGUGGCCUGUCUUCUACAAGUUUGUGAAACGUCUGCAGCCAAACCCAUCCAAAUGGUGGUAGCAGGUUCCUUCAGGUAGGGUUUUAUUGAGUGCUAUGGGGUACAACAGGGUGGAAAAUCUGAUACAGCUUUCAAUGGGAUUGUUGAGCGAGAGAUUGUUUUGGCCAUGGGCUCCUAAAACAAUGUGCAUUUCCUGUCACAGAGUACAAUACAUGCAUUUGAGCUCCUAAGAUUUUAGACAGUGAGUAUAGUUAAUUUUGAGACAGGUGUAAUACUUUUUAUAGUUUAUACCCUUUUCAUCCCUCAAAAGGCUGCCUUUUUCCAAUGAGGGAAUGACUGUGAUAAGAUGCUAUUCUUUGGGCAGUAAACACAUUUUAGAAGUACUGAGUAAUUUGACCAGCAGGGCUUAAAUAGUGGGGUAAAAACCAUUACACAGAAGAACCAAACCAUUGAGAAGCUGGUAGACAUAAGCUUUCCUCUCCAUCAGUAAGCAAAAAUAUUGUUCUACAGCUUGUGUAAUUAACAUUCCUUUGUAAAACAUACUUUGAUGGUGUCCAAUUUCUUUAUUACAUAUACAUAAAUUACCACUCUCCCAUAGGACUGCCUUUUUUAAUUAAGGAUCUUAACUGGCUGACAACACAGUCCGCACAAUCAUUUUCAAGCUCAAGUCUUGGGGCAGGACUAGGACAGCAAAGUUUUAAAGCCAAAAAACAAAACAAAACGUACCUCAAGCAUUUUGGAAACAAAAAAAAAAAA